GUCAAAUMUCGAUCCUUGSCAUUCUGAGAAUCACAUCUUCACGUCAACGUGAAAUAUUUUGAGGUGAAUUGUUGAAAGAAAUUAUUGAAAUGAAAUUCGGUUACUCACUGUGUCUCUUGCUGGCGGCAUCCUUCCAUGCCGAGGGGUUUACAACUCCCGGACCGAGUGUGGGGGCUUUCUCGGCCACGAACAGCAAACGCAAGUCAUCCACAACUACUGUCGUUGCCCAAGACAGCAGUACGCAGCUGUCAAUGGUUGCUUCUCCCCAGACAAUUGUUCCCAAGAUCGCGAUCAAGGUUGCUGCAGUUGCCCUGUCCACCGCCUUGGCAGGAACAGGAUUUGUCAAAUUGUUCCUCGACAAACCCUCGAGAACGUAUGGAUCGGGAACCGUUGCUAAUGAAUACGAUGAAUGGACCGAAGAAGGAAUUCUGGAGUAUUACUGGGGAGAACACAUCCAUCUGGGUUACUAUGGUCCAGAUGUGAAGUACAAAUACAGACCACUGAACGAGGCUCAGUACACAUUCAUCGACGAAAUGAUGAAGUUCGGUGGGAUCGAUCCCCAGAAAGACAAAGCGGCAAAGGUCCUAGACGUUGGUUGCGGGUUUGGUGGAACCUCUCGGUAUUUGGCUCGAGCACUAGGGCCCGAGGCUGAAGUGACGGCCAUCACCCUGAGUCCGAAACAGGUGGAACGGGCGCAAGAACUUGCCAUCGAGCAGGAUACCCACAACGUCAACUUCAUGGUCGAGGACGCUUUGGAGAUGCCUAGCUUCCCCGACAACUCCUUUGACAUUGUGUGGGCGUGUGAAAGCGGAGAACACAUGCCUGACAAGAAAAAAUACAUCGAACAAAUGAUGCGAGUCUUGAAGCCCGGUGGUAAAUUCGUCAUGGCCACCUGGUGUCAGCGUGACGACCGAGAGGUUCCCUUUGACAAGCGUGACAAGCGCGAUUUGCAGUACUUGUACGAAGAAUGGUAGGUGAUCAGUUCCAGUUUGCCGUGAUUGAUACUUUUGUUCCAAAUUCACUGUUUCCUUUCCUAUACUCACCGCCGACUCUCCGCGUUUCUUCGACGAAUUUCCAACAAACAAUGUUGAUUUUGAUGUUGUUUCACACCGCUCAAAUUAUUCCAGGACCCACCCCUACUUUAUCUCGAAAGAGGAAUACACGCAAUUGAUCGACAACACUGGUGUCAUGAACAAGGUAACGGCAGCCAACUGGGUCAGGGAAACUAUCGCCAGUUGGAGGCAUACAAUUUUCAAGGGUGCUAAGGACCCUCGUGGUUUCAUUUUCAAGCCUAAAAAGUACAUAAAGACCCUUCGAGAUGCCUACUGCAUCGAACGCAUGCACAGAGCCUUCAAAAGAGGACUCAUGGAGUAUGGCAUGUUGACUGCUACCAAGAAAGCAUAAAUUUAACAUGACGGAUCUGAAAAAACGGGAGGACAAGUGUACUUCUGUCAAUCGACGAGAGAACCUGCCAUGAUUCAAGAGCAUACCAAUAACAAAUAUCAUGGUCUGGUUAUUGAAGAUAUAGAUCGUUGAGCUCGGACACAUCUUUUCAUUGGCAAAUGAUAUCUGAAUAAUUAACGUUGUUUAAAAAAUUGAAUUGUACUUUCCCUUACUUCACAAAUCGACGAUAGGCGGUCAGUUUAACACCACGAAGGGACAGCACCGUUGAGAAAGGGUUUGGUCGGCACAUUGCAAACAUCAGCGGGUAUUUUUAUCCGCUUUGUUUUCUUUCCACCUGUAACAAACAUCAGAAAUCGAUUGAAACCUCGGAUGCUUGAAAUUUCACGCUGGAAAAUUGACUCUAAAUCACUAAGCCUUUCAUCAAAACUAGAACCUACCACAUUAAUCUCCCCAGACGUGUUUAGAGUGCUAGGAAGAACACCGAUAGUUCUUGUUCUAGAGCUUCAAAGAUGCUCUUCGAUAGCUGGCAAACUGCCAACAACAGCAGGUGAGCUACAUUUGUAGGGACUCCAAACACGCAUUCCAUAUUUGGUCCCGUACGCCAGAUUGGCACGCAUAUGAUACCAGCGCAUCCCGUAGGGCGCUUUCCGUAUUGAGUCCUUGCGUCGCUGCUCCGGCUGCGACGAGCAAGUGUCCCACCUGGAUGAGGAGUUCUUUUUUCGAAGCGGGAUCCAAUUUACACAGGUGCACAACAACGCCAUCGUAAUCCGACGAUUUCAAGAAACCAAUCAGACUUCCAGUGAUUCCUCCGAGCAAUCCUCCAACCGGCCCGGCGACCAUCCCCCCCGCCAUUGCGCCCGAUCCCGCCCACAAGGACUGCUUGAAACUCGACGAUGCCGUUUUCCUCAUUUCGGACGACGUCGAAAGGAAUUCCAUCAGCGUGGUAUAACGCCGGUCAAAGCUUUCUUCUCCGAUUGGAUCGGGGAUUUCGUCUGCCGCAGGAUAGUCAUCCAUCUUGUCAAUAUAAUGCCGAAGGUCAG